AUGCCGCCUAAGCAAUCCAAAACUGACUCGCGCGCUGUGACCAUCCUCUUCAAGAAGCAUAAAACCACCGUGCUUCUGAUGCUCCAACCCCACGAAUCACUCAAAAACACUAAAUCAAGGCUUCUGGAUGCUCUAAAAUCCCGAGAAGUCACCGCCAUAAAUGGCGACAUUGUUCCUGACGACUCCGUGGAAAUUGAGUUCGGUGAACCUGUCGACCGAGCAGACCUCGAGAAAGGCUGGAAGCGCCUCCAGGUAGAUGCGUCACAAAAUGAGUCAGUAACUAUAAUGGAAGCGGGUCUGCAGAACGGACAUUCAAUUGCCUUCCGUUUCAAGAAAUCCACUGAGAGUCAGAAUGGCGGUCUUGAUAUGGACCUUGACGGUGAGGAUCCAGGCUGGGAUGUCAUCAUACCAAGCUACGAGGAAGAGCCGGAGAAAGAGCUAGGGCAAUUAUGA